UAUAGCUUUAAUUUACUUGGAAUACCGGCUGGAUUAUCGGUGGAGAUUGAGGAGGAGUUGGAGAUGGCACUGUCGGAUACCACAAUCAACCGUCUGCUGGUUGAACUGACCAACAUGACCAAGGAAACUGGCCGGAACCACGGCGUCGUAUUUUGGGAGAUGUUUGAAAAUCAUGUGGAAGCUCUUACCGGAACCAUCGUUGGACCUGCCGGAACAGUUUAUGAAGGUGGCAAUUUCCUGCUGGAUAUCGAAGUCCCGGAAGACUAUCCCCAGCGACCACCGAUACUUCGCUUCAUGACCAAAAUCUGGCAUCCCAACGUGUGCCCCAUCACUGGAAAGUUGCAUCCCGGCUUCUACAGAACAUGGUGCGAAAGUAUGACGAUUAGGACGCUGCUAAUGGGUGCUCGUCGUUUGCUCCGUUCACCGCUCCUUGAGGAUCCUUCCAAUGCCGUUCUAACGUGCCAGUUUGUAAAUAAACGGGACCAAUUUGAUCUUACGGCCCGGUACUGGCUGCGAGUGUACGCUAACGAUAACGCCACCAGCACGGAGUACACGGAAAUGGACAACAAAGUUGCACAGCUGGUGGAGACGGGAUGCUGCGAUGAGAUGGCGGCACGGAAUGCACUAGCGUUCGUGGAAUGGGAUGUCGAACGUGCCUUUGAAAAUUUGUGGGAUAGCUCUCAACUGGAGGAUCGGGAUCAGGAAUUAUCCGCCAUCCAGGAUGCGUUCACGUUCAAGUGACCUGAGAGAUAUGGUUAUGCGCUAGUUCUCCGUAGUUGAGCAAUCGAAAGGACUUAUGCUUUGAUUCCAUGGAUCGUGAUAUACGGUGUUAGAGGUGCUCUACAUGUCUUGUACCAAUGUUCCUGUCAGACAUUGUCCAGCGAGUGGCA